UUUACCAGAAACGAAUUUUUCAAGCCUGCAGCAGAUGCUCAGCUCUGGGGCACGCUCUAUGCUCGGUCACUCCAGUUGCCUGAUGAGUCGCUGCUCAUGACUUGGGAAAACUACCCAGCCGAGUCUAAAGCCUACCCCUUAGACCCUAUCUACAAGUCCGUGGAUGGUGGUGCAACUUGGUCUAAUUUCAGUGCUGUUAAAGACACUCAGAACGGCUGGGGCAUGCGAUUCCAGCCGUUCCUGUAUGCUCUUCCAAUUGACUUUGGCGGUUAUGCCAAGGGUACCAUUUUGGCAGCUGGUGUUUCGACCCCUGAAAGCCUGGAAGGUGGUGUAUACAUCGAAGUUUAUGCAAGUAAAGAUGGUGCAAAAACCUGGGAGUUUGUCUCUCAUGUUGCCUAUGGCGAUGGACCCAAUACCAUCAAGAAUGGCAAUAAAGCACUGUGGGAGCCCUUCUUCUUAAUGUACAAGGGUCAACUGGUCUGUUACUACUCUGACCAACGGGACCCCAAGCAUGCUCAGAAGCUCGUUCAUACCACUACCACUGAUCUUAAAACAUGGUCAGAUAUUGUCGAGGAUGAGGCCGAGAGCAACUAUGACGCUCGCCCCGGCAUGACUACUGUCGCUCAUAUUGAGAGCACUGACAAGUGGAUCAUGACUUGGGAACGCUGUGGUGUCGAUGCCUGCAGAAUCUACUACAAAGUCUCCGAUAGCCCUCUCGCCUUUGGACCCAUCCCCGGGACCAGACUCAAAGCCACCGACGGCAGCCUGUUCACUAGCGGACCAUAUGUGACUUGGGUCCGUAACCCUUACACCAGUGAUGGCUCUGGCAUCAUCAUCAUUAGCACCACUUCUUCCGAAAACCUUCUCAUUCAAGGUGACAACCCAGCCGACGGAAAGUGGAAGAAGGUCGAUAUUAACCAUUGGUCCGCCUAUUCCCGCAGUGUC